AUGAAUAUGGCAAAAGGUAACAUGAUGAACUUCAUUCCUCAGACGAUUAUCAUGGCAUGGGUCAACUACUUUUUUGCUGGUUUUGUGGUCAUGAAACUUCCUUUUCCAUUAACAGAUGGGUUCAAGAGCAUGUUGCAGAACGGGAUCGCCACGCCAGAUUUGAAUGUCAGAUACGUGUCGUCGAUCUCAUGGUAUUUCGUCAACUUAUUCGGGUUGAGACCAGUUUAUUCUUUGUUAAUGGGUGAUUCUAGUGCUGUUGAUGCGAUUAUGAACCAACAAUCACAGCAGCUGGCCAUGCCUAAUAUCGGAGGCCCUGGUGGUCCUAAAGCCGAUAAGCUCUUCAAGGCUGAGGCUGAGAAUAUCCAGAUCUUGACCCAUGAGUCUAUUUUUGAUGGAAUCGUUGAUAGAGUUAUUGAAUCGUAUAAUUAG